CUCCGUUGUGUAGACAUGAGCUUUAGGCCCAUCCUGCUCGUCAUUCCCCUCCUAGCCAUACUCUUGGCAACAGGAAAUUAUGUCACAGGAGCUGAGGUCGACAGGAGGCCCAAUUUCAUUCUGAUGAUGGCAGAUGAUCUAGGCAUCGGCGACGUGGGUUGCUACGGUAAUGACACUAUAAGGACUCCUAACAUAGACAGACUAGCUUCAGAAGGGGUGAAGCUGAGUCAGCAUAUUACAGCUGCUCCUCUCUGUACUCCCAGCAGGGCCGCUUUCAUGACUGGGCGCUAUGCACUGCGUUCAGGCCUGGGCAGCACAGGCCGGGUGCAGGUUUUGCUUUUCCUGGGAGGUUCAGGGGGGCUGCCGCUGAGUGAGACCACCUUCGCUAUGAGGCUACAGCAACAAGGCUACAUCACUGGUCUUGUAGGAAAGUGGCACCUUGGACUGAACUGUGAACACCGAGGGGACCACUGCCAUCAUCCUAAUCAGCAUGGCUUCAGUUACUACUACGGCCUACCAUUCACCCUGUUUAGUGACUGUGUGCCUGGAAAUGAGUCGGUUGUCCUGGCAGACUUGCAGCACAUGCUUCAAAGUCUGUCAUUGUGGCUAGGACUUGGACUGGUUACAUUGGUGUUUGUUCGUCUUUGUGGCCUUUUCAAGGUCAGCUUCUUUUUCAUUGCGGCAGUGGCCUGUGUCAGUAUCCUGCUGGUUGCUGUGUGGAUUGUGCCAUUUCAACUCCUGCCAACCUGGAACUGCAUCAUCAUGAGGAACCAGGAGGUGAUUGAACAGCCAAUGACACUGGAGACACUACCCCAGAGAAUUCUGGGUGAGGCACAAAACUUUAUAAAGAGGAAUGCAGAUCGUCCAUUCCUCCUCUUCCUCUCAUUGGCCCAUGUUCACACCCCGCUCUUCACAACUCCUGCCUUCGCUGGCAAAAGCCGCCAUGGGUCCUAUGGUGACAACAUAGAGGAAAUGGACUGGAUCAUAGGUCAAGUGACAGAGACGGUUGAUUCUUUAGGACUAGCAAAUAACACGCUGAUGUACUUUACUUCGGACCAUGGCGGACACAUUGAAGACGCUGAUGCCCAGGGCCAGAAAGGAGGUUGGAAUGGUAUUUAUAAAGGUGGGAAGGCUAUGGGGGGUUGGGAGGGGGGGAUCAGAGUACCCGGAAUCUUCCGCUGGCCUGGCAGAUUGCCAGCUGGGAGGGAAGUAGACGAACCAACCAGCCUCAUGGACCUGUACCCCACACUCAAACACCUGGCCCAGGACACAGAACCAGACAGACCACUGGAUGGCCAUAACCUCAUGCCUCUGUUAGAGGGGAAAGCAGAGCGAUCAGAACAUGAGUUCCUGUUCCACUACUGCGGCAUCUACCUCAACGCAGUACGCUGGCACCCACCCGGGAGCAACUCCAUCUUUAAGGUGCACUUCUUCACUCCCAACUUCUCUCCCCCGGGAGCUGGCGGUUGUUACGAAACAAAGAUCUGCUUAUGUCACGGGGACCAUGUGACCCACCACAACCCACCAAUAGUCUAUGACUUACUCCUUGACCCAUCAGAGUCUCGCCCACUCACACAUGAGACUGAGCGACGAUUUGCUGAGAUCCUCGAGCAAACUGCCAAAGCCAUGGAGAAGCAUCGGAGCACGCUCACAAACUUACAACUAUCCGAUGGUACUCACACAAACAGCGAUGCACACGUGCACACCAUCCCAAACCAGAUGUCAUGGGAGAAGAUUUUGUGGAAGCCGUGGCUGCAGCCCUGCUGUGGAACCUUUCCUUUCUGUGGCUGCAAAGAGAACACGACACAUUCCUAGUGAUAAACGUACUCAUACAUCCAAGAACACACACACACACACACGUGCAUAAAUUCACGCAUGUGUGUGUGUGUUGUCCAUAACUGCAGUCCAUGCAUAAUGCAUAAAUACAGUCCAUAAAUGCCGUCCAUAAAGAAGAGCAGUGUAUGCACAUCCCCAUGAGCCUUUGCAGAACUGCUGCUAAAUUAGAAAAAGUUUUAAAUGAAGAAAAAUAAUCACAGAAAGUUGAACGUUGUGUCCAGAUGAACUGAUUCAACUUUCUGAGAUUUCCUUACCUGGAUUAAUGAGUAUGCAUAAAAUAAAAGAAGAAAAAUAAUUUUUCACAGAGUGUAUUAAUGUCUUGUGCUUUAAUUUAUGAUCAGUUUGUGUGUGGAAUUUAAAGCACGUGAAAGCAAUAUACUGUGUGGAAAUUUCUCUUUUCUUAAUUCAGAUUCGGGUGGCAUGGUGGCGCUGUGGUUAGCGCUGUCGCCUCACAGCAAGAAGGUCCUGGGUUCAAGCCCCAGGGUAGUCCAACCUUGGGGUCGUCCUCUGUGUGGAGUUUGCAUGUUCUCCCGUGUCUGCGUGGGUUUCCUCCAGAUGCCCCAGUUUCCUCCCACAGUCCAAAGACAUGUAGAUCAGGUGAAUCGGCCAUACUAAAUUGUG